AUGGAGUUUCGGCCCGGUGGAUCCCCGGGAGGCGGCGGCGGCGACGGCAAGCCGCGGGACAAGUUCUCGGUGUACCAGAACCCGUCCGUCACCCGCGCGCUCGCCUCCCGCAGCGUCCGCCCCUCCCUCCCGGUCCUCCUCCUCCUCGCGCUCUCCCCCAUCGCCUCCGCCUCCUCCCUCAUGGCCCUGUCGUCCUGGGAGGGGCAGCUUGUCAAGGUCGCCGGACGCGCGGGUCUAUCCACCACUGCCGUCGUGCUCGUCAUUAGGCUGGUGGAGGCAGCACUGGGUCUCGUCGCACUUUUGACAGUGCCAGCGUUCUUCAGGGCGCUGAUGCUAUACAAUGGGAGGAGGGCAUUGGCCAAGGAGGACAAGGUUGCGUUGUCCGAACGCCAGCUGGGGCUUCUCGGGUUGAAGACCACAGGUUCAGACGGAGCUGCCAUGGGUGAGCAAACCAAGAAGCCUCCCAAGGCGAAGCCAUCAACACCCUCGGAGCCGAUUGUUCCUAUCAGGAGGUCUUCGUUCAGCUACACACCGUCCCGGGGGCAACCAAGGAUGGGCUCCAGCCAUUUGAGCCCUGGUGGGGAGAGAUUGACGACGUCAUUACAAAUGUCUCCUGCCACUCCACUACAGAAGCCUGCUUCUUCCCCUUCAACUCCGUGGUCGAGGAAGAGCUCAGGCAGCGCCAAUGGCAUACAAACUGAGGCGAUGCUGGACCACUUCUUGGCUCGCUUGGAUGAAACUAUCGACAAUCUCACGGAUUCAGCCAGUAAAACUGCAACACCUCCAGCAAACAUCACGGGCUUUGGCAUUGCCAGUCCUGUCUCAGUCACCACGUCAACCACCCCUUCUGGUGCUACACGGAGCACACCUCUGAGGGCUGUGAGGAUGUCUCCUGGCUCGCAUCAGAAGUACAGCACGCCUCCAAAAAAGGGUGAGGGUGAGUUUCCGCCUCCGAUGUCCCUGGAGCAGGCAGUGGAUGCAUUUGAAAAUCUGGGUGUGUAUCCUGAGAUUGAGCAGUGGCGCAACAACAUCAGGCAGUGGUUUUCUUCAGUUCUGAUGAACCCGCUUGUCCACAAGAUUAAAUCAAGCCAUAUUCAGGUUAAGCAAACGACAGCUAGUAUUGGGGCUUCAGUUAAUGUUAGCCAAGUUGGAAGCGACCUGCCAAGCACAACAGCACCGGCUAGCUUAUCUCCACUUGGUGGGACUAAAGAUUGGCAGCCAACUGUCACGGUUGAUGAGGAUGGCAUUCUUAAUCAAUUGCGCGGUGCACUUCUGCAGUCCCGUAAUGCUCCUGUUGCCCAAACCUUUGGCAGUCCACAACAGCCACAAUCAAACCCUCUCCUUCCAGCUAUUCAAGCAUGUAUCGAUGCAAUUACAGAGCACCAGAGGCUUAAUGCUCUGAUGAAGGGAGAGCUGAUAAAAGGCUUGCUGCCACAGAGUACUGUUCGUGCUGAUUAUACUGUUCACAGAGUUCAAGAGCUUGCUGAAGGAACAUGCUUGAAGAAUUAUGAUUACACGAGUUAUAGAGAUGGCUAUGGUAAAUCAGAGAAAAAAUGGAGCAGUGAGCUGCCAACUGACUCGCACCUUCUUCUCUACUUGUUUGCUGCUUUCCUUGAGCAUCCAAAGUGGAUGCUUCAUGUUGAUCCUACCUCCUACUCUGGUGCCCAGUCUAGCAAAAAUCCCUUGUUUCUAGGAGUCCUUCCACCCAAAGAGAGGUUUCCGGAGAAGUAUGUUGCUUUGAUAUCUGGUGUUCCAGCAGUUAUUCACCCAGGGGCCCUUGUACUGGCUGUGGGCAAGCAGAGCCCUCCAGUUUUUGCUCUAUACUGGGACAAGAAGCUGCAAUUUUCUCUUCAGGGAAGAACAGCACUGUGGGAUGCCAUUUUGCUUCUAUGCUACCAGAUAAACGUUGGUUAUGGCGGUAUUGUCAGGGGAACCCACAUUGGUUCCUCUGCCUUGAACAUCCUGUCCGUUCUUGAUUCAGACAUGGAGAGCUGAAGAAGAGCCGCAUGCUCUGAAGGAGAUUGUAGUUUGUACUCUGAAGGAGAUGCUUUAUGACUAGCCUAGUUGCUGGUGUUACAUGUUAUCAAGGCCAGCAUCUCCUGAACUAACUUAGUUUUAGGAUGUGGUAUGCCCUAUUCGAGACUCCUGAAAUUAUUUCUGAAUUGUAUCUUGAAUCGCUGAUUAUCCAAACUCCGAAAUGCAAUGUUUGUGUGCCUUCGGCUA